AUGAAAUAAGAAUUAUACACUUCUUGGCAUGAUACAAAGAUCAGGUGGUUAUUGUUAGCAUUGCUAUGCUUAUUUUAGGCCGGCUGCUCUUUAUGCAUUGAUUUUCCUUUUGUUUUAGCAACAGAAAUCUAGAAUUAUUAUAAUGUACAUCAACAAGACAUUAAUUAUCUUUAUGCAAUUUAUUCUAUGCCCAACAUUAUUCUUCCUUUUUUUGGAGGAAUUAUUAUAGAUAAAAUCGGUAUUAGAAGUGCAUUACUUAUUUUUUGUGCGUUUUUGAUUAUUGGAUAAAGUUCUUGUGUAUAUAGUGCAUAGGUUAAGGAUUUUAACUUGCUCAAAGUAGGCAUGUUUUUACUUGGUCUAGGUGCUGAGGUUAGUUUGUUAGUCACUUAAGGUGCUUUGUUAACCAAAUGGUUUUUUGGAAAAGAAAUAUCGUUAGCCUUUGGAAUUUAACUUACUUUUAUCAGAGUCGGAUCAAUUAUUGCUGUUAAUUAACUUCCUCAAAUAUAUGUUAAUUAUGGUAAUAGCUUUGUAGCUUGUAUGACCUAUUGCUUGGCUACUAUUUUGAUCAUCACAUUAUCUUGUAUCAUUGAAACAGUAAUUGAUUAUGUAAGUGACAGAAGAGACUCUAAUCAUUAUUAAUCAUAAGCACAAUUAUAAUUAGAGUAACAAAAACCAGUGAGUUGCAAAGAUUUAAAAGAGUUUAAUUAUGGGUUCUAUUUAAUUUCCAUAAGUUGUAUGUGUGGAUAUUGCAUCUUUUUUAUAUUGUAGUUAAACGCUCUACGCAUGUUUUAAAUAAGAUAUAAUCUAACAUUCUUUUAUUAAACAUUACUUUAUAGUCUACCCUACAUUAUUUGUAUAAUUUUAACACCAAUUAUUGGUCAUAUCGUAGAUAAAGUGGGAAAGAGACCAUAUUUUUUAAUUCUUUCUGGGUUUUUGACAACAUUAUCAAUGUUAGUUUAUUCAUUAAAUAAUGAUUGUUCAGUUUAGAAUGAAUGUUUUAAUUAUGCACUAAUAGGACAAAUUUUAAACGGAAUGUUUUUUUCUUUAUUUGCACCUUUGAUUUGGCCUUGUAUUCCAAUUUGUGUCAGCACAAAUACCCAAGGAACUGGAUUUGGUGUAGUUUGUUCUAUGUAAAAUUUUGGUUUGACUGUAUUUCCAAUUAUCGUAGGUAAAAUUUUGAUUGAAGAAACUGCUAUUGGCUAUUUACAUAUGAUAUACUUUCUUGGGUUUAUCGCCCUUAUAGCUAAUAUCAGCAAUAUCAAUAUUUAUUUUUAUGAUAGAUACAAUGGUAAUAAAUUAAUGUCGCCUACCGUUAAAUUACCUGAUUAUCAAAUUAUUCUUGAACAAGAAGAUGAAUAAAAUUGA